AUGUAUGCCACUAGCCAUACACGUAGAACUUCGCCGCAUACUGAAGAACCAAGUAAGUCUAGCUGGGCAUCACCCUUCGUUUUGGUGCCAAAGAAAGACGGGACGCUCCGAUUAUGUGUCGACUAUAGCAAAUCAAUCAGAUGCAAAAGAAAAAUCGGCGUUCACUACGACAGAGGGCCUAUACCAGUUCGGGUGCUGCCGUUUGGCAUAGCGUCAUCGCCGGCAGUUUUCCAACGUUUGGUGCAUACCGUUCCGGGUCCUCUUCUGGAAGAUGAGGUAUUCUGCUACUUGGAUAUCAUGGUAGCAACAAAACGGUAG